CCUCCUUUUUUCUUCCUUCAUUUCAUCUUCUAAAUCCAAGCCCUGAAUUCUCUACAAUGAAAAGAAAAAAUCUCUCCUUUAUUCCAUAAUGUCCAUCUUUUGUUUAUCUUCCCCUCUGAUGAUAACUGCUCUGAAACUAUUUCUUCCUUAUCUGCAUUACCUUCAAACUAUCCAUUGCCAGCCCAUAAAUCUCGCCGGAAAAUCAAUAUAACCCAGAAACUCAGCCAACUCGCUGGUGGGUUUCUGGUUCCGGGGAACCCCAUGGGGCGUUUAUUUACUAUUGGGUUAAUAACAGCUUGGUAUUCUUCAAACAUUGGAGUGUUAUUACUGAACAAAUUCUUGCUCAGCAAUUAUGGGUUCAGGUACCCGAUUUUCCUCACCUUGUGUCACAUGUUGGCUUGCUCGGUGUUCAGCUACGUCGCGGUUUCAUGGCUCAAAAUCGCCCCGUUGCAGGGCAUAAGAUCGCGGCUGCAGUUGGUGAAGAUAUCUGCAUUGGGUCUCAUUUUCUGCUUGUCGGUUGUUGGGGGCAACGUUUCGCUCAGGUAUCUUCCGGUGUCGUUCAACCAGGCUGUGGGAGCCACGACGCCGUUCUUCACAGCGGUUUUUGCCUAUUUGAUGACGCGGAAGAGGGAAGGGUGGAUUACCUAUCUCACCCUCAUUCCGGUGGUCACUGGUGUUAUCAUCGCCAGUGGGGGAGAACCACUGUUUCAUCUAUUUGGGUUUAUAAUGUGCAUUAGUGCUACAGCAGCAAGGGCACUUAAAUCAGUUCUUCAAGGGAUUCUGCUCUAUUCUGAAGGGGAAAAGCUUCAUUCUAUGAACCUUCUUAUGUACAUGGCUCCAGUAGCUGUUCUUUUCCUCCUCCCUGCAGCUCUUAUAAUGGAAGAAGGUGUGAUUGGGAUCACUAUCGCACUUGCAAGAGAUGACCUGAAGUUCUUUUUUUACCUGCUCUUCAAUUCUGCAUUAGCAUAUUUUGUGAAUUUGACAAAUUUCUUGAUCACUAAGCACACCAGUCCCUUGACUCUUCAGGUGCUGGGAAAUGCCAAAGGAGCUGUGGCUGUGGUUAUCUCAAUUUUGAUAUUUAGAAAUCCUGUAUCACUUACUGGGAUGCUUGGAUACACUGUCACGGUGUUUGGGGUCAUUUUCUACAACGAAGCCAAGAAACGAAGCAUGUGAGACCUUGAUGUUGCAGCCUUGCAGGAGAUACAAUUUUGGUUAAUAUUGUUUAUUCUUUUCUAAUUGAGGUUGCAUGAAGAAUUUAGUCUUUGUUUUGCUGUUCAUGGGUUAAAGCUUGCUAUACAUUUUUUUUUUCUUAAAUGGUAGUGAAAUUGGGGAAGUAUCAGCAGAAAUUUUAAUUAUUGUGUCAUAAUUUUUAUUCACCAAGAUGUUGUAACCUUAUUGUCAUUGAUCAAUGUACCUUUUUUCCUUCCUAGGAUUGUUAACCAUGCAAGUUGUUUAAACAAACAUGUAAACAAAAA